AUGGACUGCUAUAGGGACUUAGUCAGCUAUCUCAGCUGUGGGAUGAUCUUAACAGGACUCGGACACUUGGUUCAUCACAAGAAGAUGCAGACCUCCUAUGGGCGCCACAUGGGACCCUCUCCUCUGGCGGGAGUCAGAGUUGCCUGGUCCCUCCAGGAGAUGCCAGCUCUCCUGAUCCCCCUGCUUUUAACGCUCACCAGGCACAAACCCUCCAGUACCGGAAAGUACCUGCUGCUUAGGACAUUUUGCAUGCACUACUUUCAAAGGACAUUUGUCUAUUCACUACUGACCAGAGGAAAACCUUUCCCACUGGGUGUGAUGGUGCCAGCAGGCUUAUUCUGCUCUCUGAAUGGUUUCCUGCAGGGACACUAUCUGCUGCACUGUGCCCAGCUUGAUAAUGAAUGGUCAGGUGACUAUCGUUUUAAAACUGGUUUACUGCUGUUUUACAUUGGAAUGGCCAUCAAUGUGCACAGUGAAUAUAUUCUACGCAACCUGAGGAAACCAAGGGAAGUAGUUUACAAGAUUCUUACAGGAGGUCUGUUUGAAUAUGUGUCUGGUGUCAACUACUUAGGAGAGAUAGAGUGGUUUGGCUAUGCGUUAGCCAUUCCAGCACUCUCAUUUGCUGUAUUUAGCCUGUGUUUUAUUGGACCAAGAGCCUAUCACCAUCACAGGUUUUACCAAGAGAAAUUCAAAUAAUAUCCCAAGUUAAGAAGGGCUUUGAUUCCAUUCAUCUUCUGA